AACUGUACUCUGGUAGACCACAGCUGUUGUUCACGCCCACCGCAAGCCUUUAACACUUACUCUAAACGAGGCUAUUUCAAUAUUUUCCAAAACCAUGUAGAGCAAAGGUCGAGAGUUGAAAACUUGUGUUCUAGAAUUGCUGGAGGGGAAGAUGGGUGCUGGCAAGGGACAAGAGAAUGAAGCAUUCGUGCAAGAUGAAAAGUUUAAUGAAAAAUCUCGUGAUAGUAUUACAGACCCUAAAAUUGCUGAGGACAAUGAAAUGAGCCAGGCAAACUCGAGCAGAAAAUAUAACCUCGAUCGUUUAUUUGUCAAAAGAUUUUACCUUUGCAGCAAAAUUAUUUUCCCAAAGUUGAUGUGCAAGCCCACACUUUUGUUCAUACUAUUGCUUGUUGCAUCUGUUUGUCAACAGUAUAUUAUCUACAAUGUUGGGCUUAUCCCAAGCAAGUUUUUCAAAGUUCUUGGAGCCAAAGACACGGAGGGUUUUAGGCCGCUCGUUUUCACAGCAAUAUACUUUAUCGUUGCCAUUGCCAUGGCGAAUAGUGCCGUGAAAUAUAUUUCAGGGGUAUUAUACGUGCAGUGGAGGGAUGCUAUUACGUCAAAGUUACACAAGAAGUACUUUUUCCAAGAAACUUUCUUCCAUAUCAACACGAAAGAGCAGAGAGUUGACAACGCCGAUCAGAGAAUAACACAGGGUGAUAAAUUUUGCCAACAGUUCAGUGAGAUCAGCUCUAAACUUCUAAUAUCGCCAUUUACAAUUGCUUAUUACUCAUACCAAUGUUUUGUGAGCACUGGUUAUCUCGGUCCAGUAAGCAUCUAUGCCUAUUUUGUUAUUGGGUCUAUCAUCAAUCGUAUUAUUAUGUCUCCAAUCGUUUCUUUGGUUGUUCAGCAAGAACGAAAUGAAGGAGAUUUUCGAUUCAAACAUGUCAAUAUCAGGACAAAUUCAGAGUCUAUUGUAUUUUUACAAGGAUCAAAUAUUGAAGGGAAUAAGGUCGACACCAAACUGCAGCAGCUGCUUAAGAUUCAACAGACAAUUGUCAAUUACGAGUUUUGGUUGAACCUCAGUGUUAAUUUGUUUGACUAUCUUGGUUCUGUUUUAAGCUAUUUUGUGAUUGCAAUUCCAAUAUUUGCUGGAAGUUAUGAUAAUUUGAACUCUGUGCAACUCAGCUCACUGAUAAGUAAAAAUGCAUUUGUGUCCAUGUAUCUGAUAAAUUGUUUCAGUACGUUGAUGGACCUUGCCGGCAAAAUCACUGAUAUUGCAGGCUACACACAUCGUAUUGGAGAACUUUAUGAGUGCCUUGUCAGUCAAAGUGAAGAAUGCAAAAGAAUCUAUGACCAAUUUAUGAAAAACUGUGGAUCAACUGAGGUAUCUCAUGGGCAGAACAUUUUUUACGAUUUGAAGUCAGUAACAUAUUCUCCAAAUGGUUCCACCAAAAGUUUAGUAGACAAGAUGCACAUGACUGUUAUGAAGGGGAAAAGCAUUCUAAUAAUGGGUGCAACAGGGACAGGGAAAAGCUCUUUGCUGAGACUUCUCAGAAAUCUUUGGCAACCAGAAUCUGGGGAGGUAAAUUUAUUUUUACCAAUGGACCCAAAGAAUAUUUACUUCCUGCCUCAGAAAUGCUUCCUUACAUCUGGCUCUUUAAUUGAUCAGGUCAUGUAUCCAUUGGAGCUUGGAAAAUCUGCUGAUGAUUUGUCCAGUGAAAAGCACAAAGCAAAUGCACUGCAGUGCAUCAAAGAUGUUGGACUCAUGUCACUGCUUGAGAGAAUUAAUGGUUUGGAGACUAAUUUUGGAAACGAAUGGUACAAUGUGUUGUCACCUGGAGAAAUGCAGAGGCUUUCUUUUGCCAGAAUCUUUUUCCACAAACCAAAGCUAGCAAUUCUUGAUGAGCCAACAAGUGCACUUGGUGAAGAAGAGGAGGAGUGUUUUUACACGUUCUGCAAGCAGCUGAAUAUAACAUUGAUAAGUGUUGGACACAGAGAAAGUCUGAUUACAUACCAUGAACAUCUCCUUACCUUAAAAGGUAAUGGUGCUUGGAAAUUUCAAGAUUUGCAGGAACAAUGAAGCUGGCAAAGACUGAUUUGAAAAAUUGGUGAAGUAUUUUAUUUUUUUUAGCUGCUGCAUUUUGAUACCUGUAUUGUGAUUAUUUUUUUUGAAGAAUUGCAUUGCGUAAAAAUAAAAUAAUUUAGGCUUUAUUUUCAUGUGGUAGGGUAAUAGGAACUAGUGCAUAUGGUAAAAGGUAUGCCAAAUUUACUGCUUCGAAAAAGCAUUGUAUCAACAAAAAUCCCUUGGUUAAUGCAUACAUAUUCAUGUUAAUAUAAAUAUGCACUGAAGAAUUCUCUUGAGGUCCCCACGAUAUUAACCUGGAUCACAGUAAGUCAUUCCUCCUUGUGUAGCAGGAGUAAAAAGAAGAAGCAUUAAUCUGUUCAGGUAAGGAAAACUAAUUGGCGAGUUCUGGAAUUUCAGAGCUCGAAAACCUACCUCAUUGGGUAUUUAUGCUCGACAACGCUAGAUAAAUAUCUCAUUUAAGCUUAAACAUACAUAUUUUUUAGCGGAUACCAUGGCCUCUUUGCAAUAAUGAGAUAAUCAAUUAUGAAUUUUCUUUGUGUUAUAGAUUUUUUUAUUUUCAUAUUUGACAAAAUUGAUUUCAGACCUAAUAUUGGGAUUCCCUCGUCCCAAUUGUGGCGAUAUGAUUUUCUUUUAAGCCUAAAACGUGUAUUGAGUUAAUCCCUCGAAUUUUACCAUUUAAUUAUCUUACAACCGUUUAUAAUAAAGUUCUUUGAUUUGUUAGAAAAAUAUACUGAUAGCUAUUGAUGCAUUUACGAACUAAACAAUAGGGAAAGGCCGGGAGGGGGGGGCUGCCAUAUUUUUUCUCUUUUCACGGGACGAUCCGAAGGUCUGGGACUACUUGAAGGGAGAGUUACAUUUUUCGCCCAAGAAGUUCGAACGCCACAAUAUUCACAUUAAAAUGUUAAAAAACCCAAGACUUAACUGUUUCCUAAAGUUUUCUGCGCUGUCGCUAAAUUCCCUUCCUCCUUUCUGUGCAAUGUUGGUUCCUUAAUUAGAGGUAUCUAUGCUUCCAAUCCUUGUUAGAUUUCACUAACAGUCAUGCAAUAUUGGUAUUAAACAACUUUGUAACGGGAAAAUAUUAAACAACUUGAAAACUGUGAAGAUUUGUUUAGAUGUUCAAAUAACUUUGGCAAAGAUUGUAGCUUGAUCUAUUGGAAAUUUCAUGUGCGCACCAGUUUAAGAAAUGUGAACGUUAAACGCCUACCGGUGUACCAAAACAGCUCUAUGAAAUUUUGGACAUCUAUUCUACACAAAGAGACUACCGUGUCUUUUUUUUAAAGUGCAUUUUGUGAAGGCAAGCACAGUGUUUUAUUACGCUCCCGUAAAUUUCAGUGUUUUAGUGGAAAAUUCACAUCCCUCACUCUUGUUGCUGUCCCCUAUUCUGCCUCCGCCCGUCUCCCAAUAUGCUCGAUUAGGCGUGAUUCAUGUUAGAAUGGACAAAUUUGCAAACGGAAUCGAUUUAUCGCUGAAAAACUUUCCUGAACACAAUCUUAUUGAUUCUGUUUGGCAUAUGUACAUUUAAUUCGCAUGAAAACAAUUAGAAAUGUUGAAUUUAUUCUAAAAAAGUAUCGGCUUUUCAAACAUACAUACAAUAAAUAAAAUAGAGAAAUGUUGCCCGAUUGAAUUAUUUGUUUGAUGUGAUUAAACUUUGAGUUAUUUUUGCGUUGUUUCAAAUCAUAGUAGCGGAUUCAGAUUUUAUAUUGUAACAUAUAUUUUUAAAUAUAGAACCCUAUAAAGUUUUAUGAUGAAAAUAAAGUUUUAUGAUGAAUAGAAAGUUUUAUGAUGAAUAUGAUAUAUUUUUUGACAGAUAGUUUAUUCUUUGACUAAUUAUGUUUUAAUUUUUUUUCAUAUUGUGUUUAUACACAGACAAAUGAAUCGUUUUUACCUCGACUGUAAGCUGCUAGAGUUGUUUAUAAUGGCCUUGUUCCGCAACAUAUUCGCGUGUUUAAUUUUUUGGCAAUUAGCUAAUGAAAAACGAAAGAUU